CAAUUGUGUGUGUCACACUGUCGCUGAGCAAGGAUGCAUGAGGAUCGGAAGGAACCCCGGGCCAAUCAGGCCUGGGAUGCUGCUCGGGAAUCACCUAUUAUUGAAGAUGAGCAAAAGCCUCGCAAGUGUUUGAGCUUUAUUCAAAUUUUCACAUGCAGUUUUGUGGGAAUCUUGGUUUUUGGGCUAGCCUUUCUCAGCAAAACUUCUCUAUUGCUGUUGAUAAAGCUUUGCAGCAGUGAAUCAAAAACCAUAAACACCAAACCUUAUGCUUUCCUCUUCAUCGGGUGCCUUCUGAUUGCUCCAAGUGUUUUACUGUUCAUCAAAAGCAUUUGGAAAAUGACUUUUAAAGAUUCAAAAACUCCAUCCGCCCAAACUUUGCUAUGGAUUGUUUUGGUGGAAACUUUGGUGGCUCUUGGAUCUUCAGUUCUUACCCUGGCUGCUAUGCCCCAAUUUGACAUCUUUACCAACGUGAUGCUUCUGAAUGGCAUUGCCACAUUAUCAGCCCUGCUGCAGGUGGUGGGAAAUGCAGUCGCACAUGGAAGGAGACGUUUUAUUGCAACUUCGUUAGCUGCUCUCCUUCUCCUACUUGCAGGUUUUUGCCUUUUUGCUGUAAACUACCUCAGUCAGCUGAAUGGAAAUCGGAGCAUGAUACUGUUUGUGGGUUUAGCCAUAGGAGGCACUCUGCUGGUCUCUUUGAACUGGUGGGAGAACUAUGCCAUGCUGUUCCGCAUCGUCUUCUUCCAGAACACAAUCCGUGACAUCAAAAGUUCCAGUAACUUAGUGAAUAUUGUGGCUAGCACAGUGCGAAUUAUUGUGACUUUCACUGUCCUUGGAGCUUAUGUGAAGCUCUCAGGUCAGGAUUGGUCAUCAGUGUUGUCAGUCAACAGCUUUGACAAAACCCUCGUCUUGAGCCUCUUUGCUAUUCAGGUUCUGGCUUCAGCUCUGUGUCGAUACAUGGCUGUGAUUGCAUGCAAAAUGCACGCUGUGCGCCGCAGCUUCAUUCUUCCCAUGAUCUUCACAUCUCCAGCCGUGUUGGGGGCCUUUUUCUUAUUUGUUUGGAUUCCCUUUGCAAACGUGAGGCAACAGACUUAUCAAACAUUUACAGUCUACUGUAACAGUAAUAACUUCUCUGUGGGAGGCUCAGUGAAUGCCACCCUGGGACGGUUGAUGAGUGAUGUAACUCAUGAUCUGUGUGGGCUAAUAGCAAAUAAAAAUGAGUCUACAGUGGGUUUUGCCCUGCUUGGAUCAUCUUUGGUAAGCUGGUGGCUCGGCCUGGUGCUCUGCACACUCUACAUUUGGUUCUUAAACACUGAACGCAUUGCCAGGACAAAGGACCUGUUUGUGCGCAACCUUUAUGAAGCAGCGUUUAUUGACCAGUCUAUGCUCCUGAACAGCAAGUUUGAAAUCGUGCUUCAGCCAAGACAUGUCAGGGAAAAGGAGAAGGUGACCAUCUACCUCUGUGCAACCAUGUGGCAUGAGACUGCAGAUGAAAUGUUGAAGAUGAUCAUCUCAAUGUUCAGGCUGGACAAAUUCCGACCAAAGAAAAACAAAUUUAAUGAUGUUGUUUUCGAGUCUCACAUUUAUUUCGAUGAUGCUUUCUUGACAAAUAACAAGGACAAUGAGGACAAGUGGCGUGUCAAUGAAUAUGCCGAGACCCUGGUGCAAGUCAUCAAAGAAGUUUAUCUCAUAUUCACGGAGGACAACAAAAGUGCAUUUAGGGACAGAAAAGAACUUCCUAACCAGAAAAUCUUUCGGACUCCAUAUGGCUGCCGUGUGCAGUACACGCUUCCCCAUGGCAACAUACUGUUUGUUCACUUUAAGAACAAAAUACAGAUCCGCCACAAAAAGAGAUGGUCUCAGAUCAUGUACAUGUACUACCUGCUUGGCUGGAGGCUGCACAAGAACUACUAUGUCAUGUAUAAGCAGGGGGAAGUGCAUUUAUCAAAUAUCGAGGACCAACUACAGAAAGCCAAAGAGAACACAUACAUUCUGGCUCUAGAUGGAGACACAGAUUUCCAGCCUUCAGCUGUCAUGCUAUUAGUGGAUCGGCUCAGGUUGUACCCUGAAGUGGGAGCUGCUUGUGGCAGGAUCCAUCCCACUGGCACAGGCCCUAUGGUGUGGUAUCAGAAGUUUGAGUAUGCUGUGGGUCACUGGCUCCAAAAGACAGCUGAGCAUGUGUUCGGAUCUGUGCUGUGCAGCCCGGGCUGUUUCAGUCUGAUGCGUGCAGAGGCACUAAUGAGUGACAAUGUUAUGAAGAGAUAUACAACGAAAGCAACUGAAGCUGGGCACUAUCUACAGUAUGACCAGGGUGAGGACCGCUGGCUGUGCACACUGCUCCUGCAGCAGGGAUGGCGAGUGGAGUACAACGCUGCAUCUGACUCAUACACCAAUGCUCCACAGGAAUUCAAGGAGUUUUACAACCAACGGCGGCGCUGGGGCCCGUCCACCAUGGCCAACACUCUGGACCUUCUUUCCAGCGGCAGUAUCACUGUGAAACUGAACAAGUCCAUUUCAGGGCCCUACAUUCUGUACCAGACUAUCACCAUGGCCGCCUCUAUCUUGGGACCAGCUACAGUUUGCCUCAUGAUUGCAGGAAGCUUAAAAUUUGUCUUCAACAUAGAUGCCAAUGUUGCUCUUUUGAUUGCUGUCGUUCCUCCUGUAAUCUACCUAUUUCUCUGCUAUUACCUUGGGCAAGCAAAAUCAGACUUACAAAUCAAAAUUGCUGCCUUCAUGAGUAUAGUCUAUGCUUGUCUAAUGACAGCAACCAUCUUGGCUAUUAUAGGGGACAUGGUAAAGCAGGACACUUUUGUGACCCCGGCUGGCUUGUUUUUCAUUGGCAUAGUCAUCAUGUAUAUUUCUACGGCUCUCCUUCAUCCUCACGAGUUCCAUCUUGCUAUAUUUGGCUUACUUUACUUCAUCUGCAUUCCGAGUGGAUACCUGCUGCUGGCGAUUUACUCCAUGGUCAAUAUGAACAACGUGUCCUGGGGCACACGCGAAUCUGCCAGCCAGACCGGCGGAUCUCAAAAUGACACGCGGAAAAAUAUCAAGUGUCAGAAACUGCUGAAAUUAUGUGGCUACAAUCUGGAGAUUCAACUGAACAAAGAAGAAAAAGUGAUACAUGUAUUGCCAGAAAAUGCAACUCAAAUCACACCUUUGAACCCUGAGAACAAAGAGCCUGACCAAAGUACAAAACCACAAUUGCCUGACACUGAAGAAGGAGAUUUUAUUAAGCAGUUGAAAGAAAGUUCUGGAGAACUUAACCUCUAUGAGCACACGCUUAAUACGGAAGAAGAAGGGUUUUGGAAUGACCUUAUUGAGCAAUACCUAAAGCCAUUAAAGACUGAUCAGAAAAAGGAGGAAAGAAUCAAAGAAGAUCUGAAAGACCUACGCAACAAGGCAAACUUUGUGUUUUUUAUCUGCAAUCUUCUGUGGCUUGUGGCCACUUUCUUCCUGCAAAUCAUUGGCACCUCAGUGAACAUCCAAAUUCCAAAAGUUUAUGCCAAUGGAACUGUUGACGCUAACACACCGCUUUAUAUUGAUCCAAUUGGCCUGAUGUUCCUCAUCAGUUUUGCAGGCCUUCUUAUUAUCCAGUAUUUUGCUAUGCUGUGGCACAGAGUACAGACAUUUAUCCACUUCAUUGCUUACAAUGGGACUGAAGCUGAGGUUAACAGGAAGGCGAGGAAACACUCUGAGGCAGUGCUCGCCACAUUCAGUGAAGAAAAUAAUUUUCUUUAGGAGCAAAACUGGAAUCAAUUAAAAGCAUACAAGAGGAUUAUAUAAAAGAUGAAGCUGUGAUGAGAAACUCGGCAGCAACAGAAACCUGAAAUAUCUGAGGAUCCUUAGACUUUACAAUACUUAUGCUUAUUAGGAUUGAAAUGAUUGUUACGACUGAUGUUACAGUAGCCUUUUUGCUUAAUGUUGUUUACAAUUAUUUGUUCUUUACUAUUUAUCAUUCUUAUUAUUAUGUCAAACUAUGAAAACUGUCAGCGAUUUACAUUCUAGUGUGUUAGUCUAGCUCAAUUUUUUUAUUAAAUUGAAAAAUUGUGGCUUUUAAUUGAAGUUUCUACAUAUAUGUCCAGUACAUAUCUUAUUUCUAUUUCAGGAAGGAAUGUUGCCUUUUGGCUGCUGUGUUAGAUACAAUAUGUAACAAAUGCAUAUCAAGAUAAAAUGAAGUGUAACCUACACAAAACCAGGGCAGACAAACCUGAGUAAUCAUAUUUCAUGACUAUACAGAAGUAUUAUUUAUGUAUUUGUUCUUUGAAUGUUAUUAAUAUUGAAUACAUAUAUAUUUUUUAACUAUAUUAAAGAUAGAAUAUUUAAAAAAAUACUCUUUAUGUUUAUUUAGUCAUUCAAUCUACAGUACUUAAUCACAAAGGUCUCUUCUUCUUUCAUUUUGUGAACUGGCUGAGAUUUAUUUUUUUUUUAUUCAUAUUGCAUAUGAAUGUACCAUCAUGCUGUGACUAUACAUCUAUAAAUGUGCUUCUGAAUAUCAA